GAACCACGGUGAAACCUUAUUUGCCAACCAUACCGCUGCUGCCUAUUUAUCGCGCUGCCCAAGGUCGAGGAUGGACUUGACACCCGUCAGGAUCCGAGGAAAGAGGAAAAGACCUGGAGCCACCAAGUCUAACCUCCAAAAGGCACUGGAAGCAUCAGCAUCGCAGAGCAAACGGCCUCAAAUAUCUCAAUAUCCCGCAAAAUCGAAGAAAAUCGCAGAAACAGCCAUGCCAACAUUGCAAGGUCUCCCGGUGGAGCUGCUGGAGAUGGUGUUCUUGUACAGCAUGAACAUAUCCCUCCCUCGGGCUUCACCGACUCUCGGGCGCAAAUUGUCAUCUAACACUGUGAUCAUGGAGUUUGUCCUGCGAUCAUUCUACCAUACGGUUGAUCAUAAAAGCAACUACCGAGACCGCGAAGUGACCAGCGAUCCUAGAAUUCAAUCGCAACUUCUAGCUUGUCGGUUCUUCACCUGGGACUUCUUCCGCGCAUAUGUUGCAAAGGCGCAUAGCUCGUUCAUCCAGCAAAGAGGCGAUAUAUGGAAAGAUUCCAGCGUCCAGCCGCUCGGUGUAGAAGCUUUCGAUGGGCUCUGGCCUUUCCGGUUCAUGAAGCUCACGUAUUUGGGAUUCGCAGAGGGCUUCUAUAUCCCCGAAAAGGUGCUCCAUGGACCCUGGACCGACGACAAAGCAUCGCUCCUCUACGUCUUGGUGUCAAUGAGUGGAGAGGUCGACUGGGAUGGCAGCAUGUCUGGCGAGAUAGCAAAAGCCGGCCUAGUACAAGCUAUCAACGAGAAUCAAGAGAGAGCGGUAGCUGCUCUGGCUGUUGUUCUUGGCGUCGCCGAAAUGAUCAAUAUGAGCGUCAUCCGGCAGGCGGUCAUGAAAUGCGGAUGCAACCUCAACAUUGUGCGGCAACUUCUUUUCAACGCCCAGAUACUGCGUCAUGAUCUGCCGAAAGAUGAUGUAGAUUUCUAUGAUCCAGCUUUGUGGCGGUGGGCCGAUGCACACGAAGGAAAGGGAGUUUUGCUAAAAGAUCUGCUCCGCAAAGCCGACAGGUUUGCGUUGGAAUUUUACCUCGAAGGUGAAGAGGGAGCCCAAGCAAAGAUUGUGCCAUUUCCAUAUGGUGGAGCCAAGUAUGAUCCCAAGAACCCGCUCAAUGAUGUUGGACGUGAGAUGCUGGUGCGCCUGUACAGGAGCUAUGGAAGGAAGAUGACGAUAAGCCCGCGGCGUCGGAGGCCACGCUAUCAGGGAUUGGAGCACAUGAAUGAGGGGCAUUGAGUGUACAAUAGUUUGUCUACAAACAACCGCGAUGCUACAACGAAAGCAAUAUAUCUGAACACAUAGUGGCUGCAACAAGACCACAGGGUGCGAUAGAAU